AUGCGCGUCUGCGACAAAGAAGAAGGUCGAGGCGACCGAGUUGUUGGACCAGGCGAUGUUGUCUGGUUGCAGUACGAGGCUCGCCGUGCAAGCGAUGACCAUAUUUUCGAGAGCACCUAUGCUGCACGCCUCCCCACCUUCCUUCUCAAAUUGUUUUAUCUAUUGGGAAAGCGAGACAGCAGCUGCGACGUUAUGCCUGAUGGACCAUACGUCCGCGCUCGUGUCAGCUGUGGCGGUGUCUACAGUUCUUCGCCUUCCUCUUCCUCUGUUCUUUGUGGUGGAAGCUGUGCUGUCGAACAGGCGUCGCCCGUGCAGAAGCCAGAUGAGGGAUGCGCCUCCGACCAUCAGAAUUUCCACCAAGACCGGAUGAACCGCAGACGGAACGAGGCCGACACGCCCGCAGCUGGGGGCGCAAGAGCGGCCGCUGAUCGGGCGUCGCACAAGAACGACGUGGAGAAAGCUGGCUGUGGCGUCCAGGGGUGUUCUCAAGCUGCUCACGCGAAUGCAGAAGGGAGUUCGACGGAGCAGGGUAGACAGGGAAGGGAAGAGUCCCAGAACCUUUCACCGGAGAAAGGAUUCCACCCACUUAUCCCUGCACUCGAUGAGGGUAUUCGAGGCAUGCGCGUGGGAGGUAUCCGGGAGCUCAUUGUCCCUCCCCAUCUCGCAUACCCUUUUAUGUGCCAAGAGGUUCUCAUCUAUGAGGUUCACGUGCUGUGGAUCGGAGACACGUUGCCCAAGUCUGAUUCACUUUUGGCCCGCCUCAAGCGG